AUGGCCGGAGAUCACGAUUCAACAUUCGACCACUUCCUCAUUGUCCCGCUGGACAAUGGCGAGAAGCUCUUGUUCUGCUUAGAUGCAAAAUUUAGCGUGGAGGGUAUGGAGAAGGACUUGAACUUCCAGCAAGACAUUCAGCCCAAGCUGAAGGGAUUCUCAGCAAUGAACCUUCCAACAAGUUGGCAUACUUUGGUCCUUAUCGUGUCGAAUCGCAGGAUCACCGAAGGACAAGCAAGACGUGUAAAGAAUUCUGCAGAGGCACCGCUAAUCGCAGCAGGGGCGGAGCACCUGCAGCGCGUGCUGUCGUGCUCUUUGGUCCCACCAGCAUACAGAGAGCGGCGGCGAAAAAAGCAGAGUUAG